UAAUGACGUAGGUACUUAUCGUCUUGAACCAUGUGCUGCAUAAAAAUACCGCCAAUCAUGGGCAUUCAAUGAAACGCUGUUCAGUUUGGUGGUGGUCCGCGGCGUUUAUUAUUAGUUAAAUUCAGUUUUGGGUAAGGUCAUUUACAAUGGAUUCCUAUAAUUUAACGCCAGGAACAAACAAAGAGGUUAAUGAAUGUAAAGGCAACUAUUUUUCAACCACCAAUGAAGUUCCACUAUUACAAGAAAGGCCGGCAACUAUAAGGAACCGCACGUAUUCAGAAAUGACGGACAAAGGCGUUUGGAGGCAUCUUCUACCUCAAGUGGUUGCUACAUUAUUAGGUACAAUGAUGGCUAUGUCAGAUGGCAUGUCCUAUGGUUGGACUUCCCCGAUGAUACCCUACUUCAAGAGUAACGAAAGUCACAUAGCCAACGUCACAGAGUUCGACACAGAAUUAAUGGAAACUAUAGUACUAUAUGGGGCCACUACCGGGCUUCCGUUCACCAUUUUGGGAGUUAACUAUUUAGGAAGAAAAAAUUGCAUGAUUAUCUCGGCCGCAGUAGGCUGUAUUUGCUGGAUAAUAUUAUUAGUAACCAAUAGUUUAGCUUUAGUAUUCACAGCCAGAUUUUUUUGUGGCAUGGCUGGAGAUAUGUGCUUUGUCGCUGCCCCAAUGUACAUUGCCGAAAUUGCUGAUCCACGGAUCAGAGGAUUUUUAUCGGCUUUAAUUUAUUUGAUGAUGCUUGUUGGCAUAGUUACAGUAUAUGCAGUGGGUUCCUUAGCGCCAUAUUCUGCAGUACCAAUAAUUGGUAUUAUAAUUACAGCCUGUCAAGUAAUAUUUUUUCCAUUUAUGCCAGAGUCUCCAUACUAUUUGAUAUAUAAUAACAAAAAUGAAUCUGCUAAAAAGUCCCUCGUUCGUUUACGAGGAGUGAAUGCUGAUAUUGAUAAUGAGAUAAUGGAAAUCAAACAGGCCGUGGAUCGGCAAAAGUCUGAAAAAAGUCGUCUACAGGAUGUUGUGUUGAUAAAAAGCAAUAGACGGGCAUUGAUAAUUAUGUUAAUAUUAAAUACUGCUCAACAUUUUGUUGGAAUUAGUGUCAUACUAAUGAAUUUGCAUGUUAUAUUAGACGAAGCGGGUUCAGUUUACAUGAAAUCAUCAACCGCAGCUAUUACUUUUUCUGUAAUCAUGUUAUGUUUUGCUACAUUUGCUUCAGGCAUAAUCGAUAAAUUCGGAAGAAGGAUUCUACUUGUGUCUUCUGCAACUCUUACUGGUAUUAUUUUACUCGUAAUUGCUGUAUAUUUUCACUUGAAAAAUUUAGAAUACGAUGUUUUAUUCAUCAGUUGGGUACCAGCUGUUGGUAUAAUGAUAUACGCUGCUACUUUUAAAUUAGGAAUGGGCUUAGUACCAAUUGUAAUGACCGCUGAAGUAUUUCCAACCACGAUCAAAGCCGUAGGUAUGACGCUAUCCGACGUCAUCUACGUCAUUGCCUCAAUAAUCUCUAUCACGUUAUACUCGACAUUGUUUCAAAUGUAUGGAAUGCACGUGCCGUUUUAUUUGUUUAGUGCUUGCAGCUUUCUUGCAAUAUUUUUUAUGAUAGCUUUUAUACCGGAAACGAAAGGUAAAACUUUGGAUGAAAUCCAACUAAUGCUCAAAGGUGAUAAAAAUGGAAAUGUGGGAAAAUGAAAACAGGAUUGUGGUGCUUGAAGUGGAGUAAAUUUUGAGUGUAAUUUUUCAUUUAGUAUAUUUGGGAAUGAAAACCUUAGAAGUAGGAGUAGGUAGUCUAUGUUUCGUAGUAGAGUGACCCUACAAACCCUGUCAGCAGAUCAAGAAAUAAUAGUCCAAUUUAUUUUGUAUAGUCAUAGAAGCCAAAGUAUCAAUAAUUUAAAUAUUUAUGUAUAAACUUUUUGAAGAGAAAUACCGUUGUUGAUAAUGUUGAAUAUCAUAAUUAAAGUGUCUCUCAAUGAAGCAAAUUGUUAUAGUUAAUUAGAUUUUUAUUCAAUUUCUAUCGAGAACCUUUUGCUUUUUAUUCUCGCUACUAUCGAAGAGCAUAAUGUUUGUAUUCCUAAUUUUCAAUAAUUGGUUCGUUUUAUAUAUUAUGGGUCGUUCAGUUUCGUCUACGCGCCCUGUAUAUAGUUGUAGGUUUAAUUGGAUAUUUAGGAUGUCAAAUCUUAUUAGGGAAUGGAAAUCGGUUUCGUUUGCACUCCUUCGCAUUGGACUUGAACUCCCUUAAAGAGGUGGCCAACUGAGUGGAGUUUGGAAGUAAAACCAAGUAAGGUGAAAAAAUAUCCUUUUCAGCUUCGAUAUCUUUCAAUUUCAAUUUAAAAUCUUUCAUCGAUUACCAUUCUAUCAGCAACCUGUUGAUUUUCCUGUUUUAAUUUCGCAUAUGGGUUAAAUAAUUGCAUAAAUAAAUAGGUAUCGUCAAGUUGAGGUGUCUGCCCGUUUACACAAGCGUCCACGUUCGGAGCAGUGACAUGUGUUCCCAGUUAAUAUCAAGUAAAAAUGCACCUUUCCUUAAUUUUAUCUCAUUUUUUCUUAGAGCAUGUUUUAACUACCUAUGGAUAAGUACGUACCUUCGUACUUUUUUGAUACACUAAAUUUCUCACCCCUUUCAAGAUUGAAACAUUUUAACCCAAAUGGUAAAUUUACAUCAUAUCUCAGCAACAAAUGACUUAUAUUUUAACCUCAAUUGACUAACUUUAGUUAUUGGUUUGUGGGUACUAUUCAAUCUCGGUUUGCUUCCCCUUUACAUAAAUCUCCUUCAAAAUUUACAGUUUUUUCAGUACCAUGACUUAUAAGUUCAAUUGUAUUUUUGUAGACAUAUUCUGUAUCAAGUGCACCCAUAAUAUGGACUGUAGCUUGAUUUCUAGGAAGUGGGACAGACUUUGAGCUUAUAAGAUUUUUUUGUGUUUACUCAGUAAUCAUCUCUAGUUUUUUAUUCAUUGUGAAAAACCCUGACGUAGUCUUGUCUAUUUUUUUCUUCUUGUAACGGAUAUUGCAAUUUCGCUGUUUGAUGAAUGAAACUUUUCUAGGUAUACACAGGUUCAGUUUGACAAAUUAAUGUAACUUUUCUUAAGUGAAACUUUUGCAAUUGCAUUUUCUGUCCAAGUUCGGCUAUUUUUACUUUACUUAGCUGUAUAACCACAUUCUUUCAUUUAUUUAAUUUUUCUCAUGCUUUUCAUUCAAUCCUUGCCUAUAGGAGUUAACAUUUAUUGGCUGUUUAGUGCUAAUUUUUAUAUUAAAUUUAUUGGUAACGAAAACUUGCUGUGUCCUAUAAGUAUUCUUUAAUUUUUAAGUUCCUAUUUCUGCUACUAUUGUUCAUUUUUGAAUGAUUUAUUGAAUAUUAGUUUGGUACUUAUUAAGUUUGAAGUACUUAUAUGAAUAUUAGUACCUGCUACUUAAUACAAAUACAUAUAAUGUAGUAUUAGUAAGUUUACAAAUAAAUGAAACUGGAGUUUACCUACCUACUAGAAAUUUACUUACCAUUGAAAUUAAAUGAAUUUAUACUCGAAAAAAAUCGUUUAAUUAUAAUUAAGUAUUUACUAUAGCUAAGUUUCAAUGGUAGAUAUUCCAAAAUAAAAUUUACAGAUGAUGAAGCUCGUGUAAUAAAGUAUUUUUACAAAAAUUAAUAAUUU